CUCGAGCAGACGCAGCUCCCAGUCCUCUCGUCGAGGUGCAUGCCGCCAGUCCGCUUCACACUGCGAGGACCUUGUGCUUCUGCGCGACAGCUGGUGACGCCAUCGCUUGCCCGCGCAACCUUCCCGCCGGCGGCCCCACCCGCUCGCGAUAGCAGCACCCCGCGAGCGCAACUGCGCCGCUUCCACACGCACAUGCUCAGGAUGGACGCGCGACACAUUUCGGAAGGCGCGGCCCCGGGGGGCGAUGGCCUCAAGCUGGUCAACCGCCUGGGCGAGAGCAGGAGCCCGUAUGUGCGCGCACACAUGAACAACCCCGUUGCGUGGCAGAUCUGGGGCCCCGAAGCACUCGAGCUGGCAAAGGCGACGGGCCGGCUCAUCUUCGUCAGCAUCGGAUAUGCCGCCUGCCACUGGUGCCAUGUCAUGGAGCGCGAGUCCUUUGAGAAUGCAGAAGUCGCCGCCCUCCUCAACGAGUCCUUUAUCCCCAUCAAGAUCGACCGCGAGGAGCGGCCCGACGUCGACCGCAUAUACAUGAACUACGUCCAGGCGUCGACCGGCUCGGGCGGGUGGCCGCUCAACUGCUUCAUAACACCAGACCUCGAGCCCAUCUUCGGCGGCACCUACUGGCCCGGCCCUGGCUCGACCAUGGCCGGACAGAGCCACAUCGGCUUCGUCGGGAUCCUCGAGAAGAUACGCGACGUGUGGAAGAACCAGCGGCAACGGUGCCUCGACUCGGCCCAAGACGUCACCGCCCAGCUGCGCGAGUUUGCCGAGGACGGCAGCAUCAGCCGCAAGGAGGGGGCCGACCAAGAUCCCCUUGAUCUCGAGCUGCUCGAUGAGGCCUACGAGCACUUUGCCGCAAAGUACGACCCCACGUACGCCGGCUUCGGAUCAGCGCCCAAGUUCCCCACGCCGACGAACCUGGUCUUCUUGCUGAAGCUGUCGCAAUAUCCAAAGGCAGUCGCCGAUGUGGUCGGAGCAAAAGAAUGUACCAAUGCAAAGGACAUGGUUCUGGCAACACUUUCAGCAAUGAACAGGGGUGGCAUCCACGACCAGAUCGGCCACGGCUUCGCAAGAUAUAGCGUCACAAGGGAUUGGAGCCUACCACACUUCGAGAAGAUGCUGUACGACCAAGCACAGCUACUGCCGGUAUACCUCGAUGCCUACCUCCUGACACGGAGUCCUGACCAUCUGGCCGCCGUCCACAACAUUGCCACCUACCUCACCACCCCUCCCAUGCAAUCAGAAACUGGCGGCUUCUUUUCUGCCGAAGACGCGGAUUCGCUGUACCGAUCGUCUGACAAGGAGAAACGAGAGGGUGCAUUCUAUGUAUGGACCUUGAAUGAGUUCCAAGACAUCCUGGGCGACCGAGACGCCGACAUCCUUGCCAGGUAUUACAACGUCAAAGACGAAGGCAACGUUGAUCCAGAGCACGACGCGCAUGAUGAGCUCAUCAAUCAAAACGUCCUAGCAAUCAGCAGUACCCCCGCAGACCUGGCCAAAGAGUUCGCCCUUUCCACGGAAGAAAUCGAAAAGACGCUCUCGGAAGGCCGGAAGAAGCUCCUGGCACAUAGAGAAAAGGAACGGCCGAGGCCUGCGCUGGACGAUAAGAUUGUCGUCUCCUGGAACGGGCUUGCUAUUGGCGCGCUCGCCCGCACCGCAGCUUCACUCUCCGCGUCAGGUCCCUUAUUUGCACAGUUAUACCUCGCCGCGGCGGAAAAGGCCGCUGCUUUCAUCCAGAAAGAACUAUACGACCAACAAGCACACACGCUCCGACGCGUCUACCGAGAAGGCCCCGGCGACGUGCCAGGCUUUGCGGACGACUACGCGUAUCUCAUCUCGGGCCUGAUCGACCUCUAUGAAGCGACCUUCAACGACGCAUACCUGCGGUGGGCCGAUGACCUCCAGAAGACCCAAAUCGAGCUCUUCUGGGACAAGCAGCAUCUAGGCUUCUUCUCCACGCCCGAGGGCCAAAAGGAUCUCAUCAUGAGGCUGAAAGACGGCAUGGACAACGCAGAGCCCGGCACCAACGGCAUCUCGGCGCGGAAUCUGGAUCGCCUCGGUGCGCUCCUCGAGGACGAGACGUAUGUGCAGCGCGCGCGGGAAACGACGAGCGCAUUCGAGGCGGAAAUCAUGCAGCACCCAUUCCUCUUUCCGGGGAUGAUGGACUCGAUUGUUGCCUCCAAGUUUGGGACCAGGCAUGCUGUUGUCACGGGCGAGGGGGAGAAGGUGGAGGAGUGGCUAAGGAGAUAUAGGGAGAGACCUGCGGGACUGAGUGUUGUGAGCAGGAUCGGAAGCAACCUGGGGGGAUGGCUGAAGGAGAGGAACACGUUGGUGAAGAGCAUGGAUGCAGGCAAGGAGGGUGUUAUGGUUUGUGAGCAGGGCGCGUGUAGGGAGGAGCUCGGGUGGGGGAUGGAGGGAAUGGGUGACGCGCUUCAGGAAAUUAGUGAGCGGUAGCUAGCUGUGCAUGUUUCUCUUUUGAUGUCGGACAUUGCGGGUGAUGGUAUCGAUGUGGAGGCGUUAGGAGCACUCGAACAACGAGAUGUCCACUCUGCCCUCCAGCGCUGCUAGUAGAAAGAAAAGCCUGUACGAUUGUCAUGUUUGCGAGGCAAGUUUUUCUCGGAAUACAACAUCUUCAUUCGCU